AUGGCAGAGCAACGAUAUGGGCAGGAUAGACCUGUCUCGGAUCCCUCAGCGCUGGGGCAGCCUCUGGAGCUGGCCUUUUCCAAGCGAACGGCCAAAAACAGAUUCCUGAAGGCCGCUAUGACUGAGAGGCUGAGCUCCUGGGACCCCAAUGAUCUGAGCAAGCGUGGCAUUCCGACUCCGGAGAUCAUCAACGCCUACAAGUGGUUCGGUGAAGGUGGCAUUGGAACUAUCCUGACGGGCAAUCUCAUAGUUGACGCUGUUAACAUCGAGAGCGCCGGCAAUCUCAUCAUCCCGCCAGACGCCCCAUUCGAAGGACCCCGGUUUGAGGCCUACCAACGCCUUGCUUGGGCCGGCAAUCACGACGGAAGUUUGAUCCUCGGUCAGCUUUCGCAUGGUGGCCGGCAAGUUCAGAGCCGCUUCCAGUGUGACCCGGUCUCGGCGUCAGCAGUCCAUCUCGACAAGGAAGUGUGGGGCAUGAAGUUUGCCAAACCGCACGCUGCUACUCAUGACGAAAUCAAGGACAUUGUGCAGUCAUUUGCUCACGCCGCUGAGUAUCUUUACCGCGCUGGGUUCGAUGGCGUACAGUUGCAUGGGGCUCACGGCUAUCUGCUGUCCCAGUUCCUCUCUCGCAGGACCAACCAGCGCACCGACGCGUACGGUGGUUCCAUUGCCAACCGUUCGCGCAUCAUCGUGGAAAUCGUCUCUGCAAUUAGAGAACGAAUUCCUCUCCACAGUGGCUUCGUUCUCGGCAUCAAGCUCAACUCCGUAGAGUUUGAUGAGAAAGGCUUUACGCCAGAAGAAUGUGGCGAACUGUGCGUACUCCUCGAGAAGCAAUGCCAAUUCGACUUUGUCGAGCUCUCCGGCGGCACCUACGAGGACAUGGCAUUCGAACACAAGCGUGAAUCGACUAAACAUCGCGAGGCCUUUUUUCUCGAGUUUGCCGAAGCCAUUGUGCCAAGACUCGAAAAGACGAAGGUUUUUGUCACUGGAGGUCUCUUGACUGUCAACGCCAUGGUGAAGGCACUGGAUGUGGUCGACGGGGUCGGAUUGGCCCGGGCCCUCUGCGCGGAGCCCAAUCUGGCCAGAGACAUAUUGGAGGGCAGAAUCAAGACGGGAGCUGUCAUCCAGAUAAUUGACAGACAGGACUACGGACUGACUGAAACGGUGGCGGGAACCCAGAUCCGGCAGAUGGGAAGGAACCAAGCCCCUAUGGAUCUGACAAAGGAAGACGUGGUGGAAGCUUUCCGGAAGAGCACUAGCAAGUGGGAGAGCGCAUUAGAAGAGGACGGAGACAAGGCAGAGGUCUAUGGCUACGUUGACCUGGAGGGUGUUGAGUUGGCUCCGAUGAGCAACAGUGACAAGACCUGUAAACUCUAG